AUGUCUGCUCAGGCCUCCGCGUCCACAAGCUCCACCGCUGUGGUAGCUGGAGAGCAACCAACGCCACAACAACUUCUGUUCGCCAAAUCAAUCAUGCUCACCUUUGAGCUCUGGCCAGCCAUGCGUCUCGCCGUCUCGGAGGAAUGGGGAGGCCCUGACUCUGCCGACAAGCGCGAUUUCCUCCUCUCUCAUCUGUGCGAUGAAUACGGAAACCCAGGUCCUGCUUUUGAACCAGAUCUGGACGAUCUCGCUGAUGUCCUUGAGCACUACAUGGUUGACGAAUACGAAGCGCGUCUCGAGGAUGGAUCUCCCGACUGGGUCGCUGGCCGCAUCGUCGGAUUGCAUCGCGUCAUCUUUGCUCCCGGCGACGACUUUGCACGUGCACAGGCUGCUGUCGCCGAACUCGAAAAGGCGUACGAAGAGCUCAAGGGUAAAAAGGCGACGUUCGAACAAGGUGCCAACCAAGAUGGCGAGGUGGAUUCGCACAGCGAGGAUGAGGACAUGCGUGAUGCGAGGACCAUGGCUCGACAGCACGGCGGUAUCACCGAAGCGGAUAGGCAAGGUGCCCGUGUCGGACUCGAGCAAGAUCGGGCCAGGGUCGAAUCAGAACCGCAACAGCCCAUCAUUGACGAGGAUGGGUUUGAGACGGUCGUUUCGCGAAGACGCCGUAAGUAG